GCACUCGUGCCUCACUUCAACUGUGGACUGACAAGAACUUUUCCCUGGAGUGCUUGUUUUUUAAGAAAUCAUCCCGUGGUUUUGAUCCAAAGCUGAAAACAAAAUUAAGAAGAACAUUACGCACUGUUUCCGUCAUUUUAUAGUGUUUUCUAUUGUAAGCCUUUUCUCUCACUGGUGGUUUUUAGUCUUUUCUCGUCGGGUGUGCGCCAUCAGAAGAGCAGUCAGCGUUUGUUGGAGUGUCCGAGUGCGUUCGGAGGUGUAUGAUGUCUAAUCACUCGUUUCUAGCUAGAGCGCAGCCGGCGCGCAAUGGAUUUAUUGAGGAAAUUGUUAUACGUUCAUUUUAAUCAAUUUGUCUGCUCUGUGAAUGGAUCUGAAUAAAGCGACGAUGAUAUUCGCAACUUUUUGGAUAAUGUUGCCUGUCCUUGAUUUAAUGCACUUCUCACACGCAGAUGUGAUCGCACAGUCUCGUUCGGUUCGACUGGACUGUGUUAAGGCUCACGAACAGUGUUUGGCCAGGUACGGCUGCAGCACUAAAUACCGCACCAUGAGACAGUGUGUGGCCGGUAGAGCGAAUAACUUCAGCAUGUUGGCCGAACCCGAGGCGCAGGACGAGUGCCGAAACGCUAUAGAGUCUAUGAAACAGAGUCCACUGUACGACUGUAAGUGCAGGAGAGGAAUGAAGAAAGAGAAGAACUGCCUGCGCAUCUUCUGGAGUAUAUACCAAAGUUUGCAAUCCAAUGAUUUGCUGGAGGACUCGCCAUAUGAGCCAGUAAACAGCCGUCUGUCUGAUAUUUUCCGUCUGGCUCCCAUUUUAUCAGGUGAGGCGGCCUUUUCGAAGGACAACAACUGCCUGAACGCCGCCAAAGCCUGCAACCUGAACGACACGUGUAAGAAGUACCGCUCGUCUUACAUCAGCCCCUGCACCAGCAGAAUCUCCACCACUGAAGUGUGCAACAAACGCAAAUGCCACAAGGCCCUGCGGCAGUUUUUCGACAAGGUGCCGCCCAAGCACAGCUACGGCAUGCUUUUCUGCUCCUGCCCCUCGGGGGAUCACUCGGCCUGCUCCGAGCGCAGGCGGCAGACCAUCGUGCCAGCCUGCUCUUAUGAAGACAAGGAGAAGCCGAACUGUCUCUCGCUGCAAGCUUCAUGCAAGACAAACUACAUAUGCAGGUCUCGUUUGGCCGACUUUCUUACCAACUGUCAACCUGAGGCUCGCUCGAUUUCAGGGUGCUUGAAGGAAAACUAUGCCAACUGUCUGGUGGCAUACUCGGGUCUCAUCGGUACAGUAUUGACCCCCAACUACCUGCGGGCACCUGGCAUCAGCGUAUCACCCUGGUGUGACUGUAGCAGUAGUGGAAAUGGCAAAGCAGAGUGUGACAAGUUUACUGAAUUCUUCACCAACAACCGUUGCCUUCGCAAUGCCAUCCAAGCCUUUGGUAAUGGCACAGAUGUUGGGGUCUGGCAACCCCAGCCCCCCAUCAUGCCCACUUCACCCAACCCCUACACUCCACAGAGAGGACGGGACAGGACAUCCAAAGCACUGGAUGACUCGAUGAUCAGCAAUGACCUAAAUACAAAUGCAGACCGACUCUACAGCUUCUGUGGAAACCUGCAGGCUCAGAAACUGAAAAGUAAUGCGACUCUGGAUGUUCUAUGUGUGAAUCCUCCACUGAAUGACCCAAGCAGCUUUAAUGCCAUAUCUCGGAGCUCAACUAGUGCUGUCUGCUUAGUGGAUUUGACCGCGAUUCUGCUCUGUCUGGUCUCUAUUCUUCAGCUCAUCCAGCUAGCAGCCCCACAGACAUUAUAGCUGAUCAUUGAUCACCGAUCAGACCCGCCAGACUGCUGCCGCUGCUCUGUACAAUACAAAAAUGUUGUUUUUGAGUUUUUCCGCAAGUGGUGCCGUGUGCAGUUUGGUGUUUCAGUGUGAUAAGACAUUUUCAGUCCACCUUGUUUUUUCUUUCUCACUGAUCGAAGAUAAUGGACAUAAUGGACAAUCAUGGACGUAUUAGGACGUCAGUGGAAGGAUUAUACGGUUUGCAAUAAAAGUGCAACACAGACUCAUAUACUGUAUAUGGAGCACUUCAUUGCCAACAUUAGGAAAUACAUGCAAGUGUUUGGACCCUGAAGGAUUCUCCUGCGUAUUACGGGGCUGUUGGUUCUGAUUUAUUUACAUCAUGGAGAUGCGGCAAGAAAACCUGCAGACCAACUUCUGUUUAACUGUGUCAAGUAACACACAACGGUUUUGAAGGCUUAUCAGCAGAACCUGCUGCACCUGUCACUUAUUAGGACCUACAAACCCUUUAAAGUGGCAGUGACAACCUGCUGUGGCUCAUCUUAGUCGAUAUGGCCUGGAAAACCAACAUCUGGAUAGGCAGGACCCUUUAUCACUUCAAAACAUGACAGGGUUUUUUAACUUCCUGUCCAGUAAAGCACGCUUUGAAGGUGAGAGACGAGCACCAUUUUUUGAGAACGUUUGCAACACGCCACUCAUGCGGGAUAUUUAGUUGUGAAUACCACCUUUGUUUACGACGAUCAUGUUGUGCUUUAUUUGGCCUAGCAAUGCUUUUCAUCUGUUGUAUUCAGCUCUGUUGUAUAAAAUAUGAUUUAUGUUUUAACAUUAGUGAUGAAACUCAGAGUACGAGGGUCAAUAUCACAGUCCAGUAUAAUGUAUGUAAAAUGUGCUGUACAUUUAGUAAGACUGUUUUUUUCUUAUUUAAAAGACAUUUUGGAUUGUUGUUGUACUGGUUAGCUGUAAAAUGAAAAAGGUAUAUAUAUGAAACAAUACACAUAUAAAACAGGGAUGUAAGACCAACAGGAGCAAAAACAAACUUAUUAAACAAAAUAAAGUU